CCUCGGAUGGAGCGGUCUAAUGCUGUGGAUGAUUCGCUUCGCCUGCUGCUCCGAGGCAUCCCCAAUUUCCGAGUGACAUUUGUUAGAGCGCAGCUUUGUUCCUGCUUUCCAGCUUCGAACGAGAGGGUCUGCUGAGCAAGUGUUGGCAGAGGAUUAAUGCGAGUCGUUCUCAUGAGCAAAGUCAGCAUCAAGAAGGCUGCGGCAGAGUUGGACGAGCUCUCGGAAGAGGAGCGGCGGGCGUUGCGGAUUAGCCGAUUCCAUGCGGAGCAAUUGCAACCUCGUGCGUCCACCUCCUCCAAUCAACCGCAGCCCAGGUUGGCUCAUCCUGGAGGGGCCUUGGCCACAAAUAAAGCAGCAGCACUCGCCAAGUUUCUUAAAAGGAAGUUGAAUGAGCCAGGCGGCGUUGCAGCUCUGGAUCCUGAACUUGUUGAACGUGCGGUUGAAAAUGCUAAGGCCACUGUCAUCCCAGGCCAACAGCCCGCCGCUUGUAAAGGCCUCAAAAUCCGUCAUGUAGACACCUUUUCCGAUUCGGAUGAGGAGGAGGUUUUGCGUAGACAGCUCAAUGCUGAACAACAGCAUAAAAGAAAUUCAAAGACGAAAAAAAGCAAAACACUGAAACUCGAACAGAAGCCUGAGCAUAGAAAUAAAAAGAAAAGCAAGAAGAAAAAAACCAAGAAGUCGUGAGGGCGAUCAAGUUAUCCGUGUCAAACCAUAAGCAAAUCAUUUACAACUAGAGAGACAAAAUAGGUCUCACCAUUUUUUAUUAUGUAGUUUGGAAUGCCAAUUUUAACUGCUACAUGAACCUCUGGAAGCGUUGGUAGACGAUCCAAUCAUCGAUACGGUGGAUUUGUAGCCACUAUUCCUGAACUUGAGGUCAAAUCUGUUAGCUGUUUGGCGCAAUGCAAUAUAUUCUUUAUUGGUAUUGCAGAAAGUAGCGCUGCCGAUCUCACGCCUGAAACAUUAGCAUAUAAGACGAAGUGUCUUGUAUUCUUUUAAAAAUUUGGUUAAACCUUCUAAA